AUGGCUACUUUAAAGCGCAAAUCUCCCGAGUUCCUGUCGGCGCCUGAUGCUACCCCUACAGGUCGACCGGUCAAGAAGUUGCGCCUGACCCAGAGCCAGAAGCAGGCGUUAAUCGACAAUCUUCAACUUGAAAUUACUGAGCGAGCUCGCAAGCUUCGAUCUCAAUAUGCCUUGCAGGCGCACGACCUUCGGUCGCGCAUUGAACGACGCGUCAACCGCAUUCCAAUCUCUCUGCGCAAAGCCAACAUGGGCGAGCUUCUCGAUAAGCAUAACGCGGCCCUGGCUCAAGCUCAAUCUGCUUCUCCCCCGCGCAGGGCCUCUCCCACAAAGGCUCAACGACCCAUUCCCACCAUCGGUUCUAUUGACCAAGCUCUCUCCCCAGCCGGCACACGGACCCGCCGCCCAAGUCAUGAUGGCCACUAUUCUGACAAAGAGAAUGGCGGCCCAGAAGGCCUACAGAACCCCAAGCGCCGAGGCAAAGCUCCUGCCGUUGGUGGUACCUCCCGUGUCGUCUCGCAGGAAGUCCGAGGCAAUGACCACCGCAUUCUCUCCCCUAAAUCUCUCAACUCCCGCACAUACCCACAGUCGCCCUUCCGUGCUUCACCAGAAAAGGGCCAACCAUCUUACCUGUCCCGUCCUACUUCCCCACUCAAACCAUCUAGUCCGCUUCGCGUUGCUCCCGGCAGCACCACUCGCCCUCGUGGCGCAACUGUCUCUACUGUCAAGGAUUCCUGGAACCAGCCUUCCCAAGCACGAAAGACUGCUCGCGCUGCGACGGGUCCUAAGACAACUGCGCGCUCUCCCCUUCCGAGGCCCGCAACAAGACAGGGUGAGCGGAAGAACAGCUUUUCUUCAAACGCUUCAUCCGGGACUACUGUGACUAAACCUACUCGCACGGGCACUGGUGCUCGUAAGACGACAGCUGGCACUGCCUCCACUGCUGCAAAGAAACCGACCGCUCCUCGUGUGCAGACUGCCUCUUUGGCUGUGAAGAAGACUGCUGCUAGUGCGGCUUCUGUCCGCAAAACUACUGCGCCUGCUUCUACAACUGAGGCUUCAGCGCGGGGGACCCGUGCUCUGCGAAAGCGCGUAUAA